GCUGCGCGGGGGCAGCCGGGCCGGGAUCGCGUCCUUCGUGCCAGAAAAGGGGGCCCGAGAACCCCCACACGCCUGCAGAACCAACAUAGGCCCGCCGGCAUGGGAGCCGGGCCGGUUCUUGUGCCAAAACAAGGGCUAAACCACGCUGACUUCUAGGAUCUCUCCAGUCGCAGGAAAUGACAGGUGGAAAUGAAUCCUGUAUUGCAGGACCGAUACCUAUGUCCUACUUAACUUGCCUGACUUACAUUCUGCAAGAAUGGACUGGCGUGGAGCAUAUUGGAGAUUAUCUGAGUUAUGCAUUCUACCUUGUAUGGGUGCUUUUUCCACUUGCAGUAGUUUUUAUACUUCCAGGAGUUAUUGUUGCCCUCUUCUACAUUUCCAUUCUCCUUCUUCACAUUUAUAAAAGGAAGAAUGAACUAAAGGAAGCUUAUUCUCAUGAUGUUUGGAUUGGUGCAAGAGAAAUGUUGGCUACCCUAUGGGAUGGACACGGAAGAAUAUGGCAUGGUUAUGAGCUUCAUGGUGUCAAAAAUAUUCCUGAAGGACCAGGGCUUGUUGUGUUUUAUCAUGGAGCUACUCCUGUUGAUUAUAUCUAUUUCGUGGCUAGACUUCACGUGACAAUGAAGAGACGCUGCUGUGUAGUAGCUGAUCAUUUCGUCUUUAGAUUACCAGGUUUUAAGAUAUUACUUGAUGUCCAUGGAGUUAUACCUGGACCAAGAGAAGCUUGUGUCAGUACUCUGAAGGAGGGCCACCUGUUAGCCAUUGCCCCAGGUGGAGUUCGGGAAGCACUCUUCAGUGAUGAGAUGUACACUAUUUUGUGGAGUGAUCGGAAAGGCUUUGCUCAGGUGGCCAUUGAUGCAAAAGUGCCCAUCAUUCCUAUGUUUACGCAAAACGUUCGAGAAAGCUUUAGGACAUUAGGAGGAAUAAAAAUAUUUAGGUCACUAUAUGAACGUAUUAGAUUGCCAUUAGUUCCCCUGUAUGGUGGGUUUCCAGUCAAGCUACGUACAUUUAUCGGAGAACCCAUUCCAUAUGAACCAAAUAUGACUGCUGAUGAACUAGCUGCAAAGACAAAAGCAGCAGUCCAAGCUCUAAUAGAAAAACAUCAGAAAAUACCAGGAAAUAUAUUUAGGGCUUUAAUGGAACGAUUUCAAACACAUAAGAAAGAUGAUUAAGGUCUCCUGAACUUAAACUACUAUAAACUACUCUUUAGUUAUAAUAUUCUUAAAGUCACAUUUGCAAAUUAUUAAUUCUUCUAAUAAUAGGUUUUAAAUACUGUCCUAAAGAUACUGCUGUAUAAUUUAAGGUAGAAGUCACUUGCCCUUGCCCUUUUCCCUGUCCAGUAUCAGGCUCAGGAACCCAAACUUCAAAUCAUUCAUAACGGAGCAAAGUUUAAUUUUUGAUAAAUGCAUUCCUACCUUGAAA